ACUGAUGGGUGGGCCGGCAUACAACGUCUACCCUCCUCAUUCUGACCAUCCUCACCAGGCCUUUCUUGGGGACAAGCCCGAUGUAGAAGUACCCCCAGAAUACACUGUUGGUCUCCAGGAUAGCAACCCAUUCUCUGAGCGCACCAUCAGAAGAGCUUUUAUCCGGAAAGUCUACAUUACGCUGACCAUACAGUUGGUUAUCACAUUUGGAAUUGUGUUCAUGUUUACAUUUUGGCAAACACUCCGAAACUGGGUGCAGGACUAUCCAUAUAUAUUGUAUGCCUUCAUACCCUCCACCCUUAUCCUGGUCAUAGUCUUCGCCUGCUGUGACAAAGCCCGUCGCAAAGUGCCACUAAACUACAUACUCCUUGGAUUGUUUACAAUAUUAGAAGGAGGUCUCCUGGGAACUCUCGCAGCGUUUUUUGAUGCUGAUGCUGUGAUGUGGGCUACAGGAGCAACCAUAGUUGUAUCUCUGGGUCUCACCUUGUUUGCGCUACAGACAAAGUGGGAUUUUACCAUCUUGUCCGGAGGUCUGAUGGUUGCUCUGAUGGUGUUAUUCUCUUUUGGGAUGCUGGCUGCCAUUUUCAGAACAUAUUGGCUGAGUAUUCUCUAUGCAUGCAUUGGGACGCUUAUAUUUGGCAUGUACCUGGUUUUUGAUACUCAGUUAAUUCUUGGAGGGAAACAUCGUUACACAGUGAGCCCAGAGGAUUACAUCUUUGCCACCCUCAACAUUUACGUGGACAUUGUCAACCUCUUCGUGCUACUUCUGACAAUUUUUGGGUUAUGUCGUUAAGAGAUUUUCA